GGCAGCUAUCGUAUGUUCUUAUCGUCCCAGCAGUUUCAAGCUCGUAUCUUGCGAUAUUGCAACUGCAAGCACAGCGAACUACACUAGUUGAACAACAUGUCCCACCCACCUCCAUCUGGGAUAUACGUUCCUGCCGUCUUGUUCUUCAAAGAUAACGAAGAAUUCGAUGUACCAGCUAUCAAGUCCCAUAUCUUGCGGCUCGCAAAGGGUGGCAUCACUGGUAUCGUUGUGCAAGGCAGCAAUGGAGAGGCGCAGCAUCUUUCUCAUGACGAGCGCAAAGAGGCAAUCAGGCUCACACGCCAAACAUUGGAUGAGAACGGGUUCCAAAACGUCGCUAUCAUUGCUGGCUGUGGGGCUCAGUCUGCGAGGGAGACAAAGAGGCUGUGUGUAGAUGCAAAGGAAGCCGGCGCUGGUUUCGUCCUCGUGCUAACACCGUCGGUAUGGCCCCCGCAAAUGACGAAGGAGAACAUCCUUCGUUUCCACCGAGAGGUUGCGGACGCUUGCCCACUUCCUUACAUGGUGUACAACUUCCCAACAGUCACUGCAGGUAUCGACUUGGAUUCAGACACGAUUGCUACACUGUCACAGCACCCGAAUAUUGUGGGGACCAAGCUUUCGUGUGGUAACAUCGGAAAGCUCCACCGUCUCACGUCCACAAUACCGUCCUCUGAGUUCGCAGUCCUCGCUGGUGUAUCGGAGGUGCUUCUUCAAGGCCUUUUGUCAGGUAGCUCAGGAGCCAUCGCAGCUCUACCCAAUAUCUUGCCCAAACUACACAUGAAGAUGUAUUCCCUGUUCCAGGCCGGGAAGAUCGACGAAGCGAUGAAGAUUCAAGCAUUAUUAGGUCAAGGCGACUGGGCUACAGGGAGAGUAGGAGGAAUUGGUGGUAUCAAAGCUCUCGUGUCAAAGCACUUUGGGUACGGAGGUACGGUUGUGAGAAGCCCAUUGAAGCCCGCGAGUGUUGAGCAGCUGAGUGGACCUUAUUAUGAGAAAUUGAAAGAGCUGAUAGCAUUGGAGAAGGCAUUGUAAACUGUAAUUAUAUACGUGUUUAACAAGUCCGAUCCUGUGGAAAGGUUUUGAGUAAUCAAAUGACUACAGAGUCGUGACUGCCAUUAUCCAUAGCAAAUUUAUAAAAGGCGCUGGCAAUGGGGUGCGUGUCGGUAAUGCCAACGAUCAGCAGGCUUCGGUGGUGGCUGAAUCUACAUCACCCUGACAUGGCGCUGGUGAGGAAGGUGACGCGCGUACCGUCGAGAUAUAUAACAACCGUGCCAUACACUACGGGGCUCGUGGUUGUUUUGCGAAUGCUCCAUACUCAGGGUUUCAUGAGCUUGAUUGAGUGUUGCCAUCAGAGCGCCUGAGCAAGUUAUCAAGAAGAGAGGCAACUUUUUGUCGAGCAUCCUCUCUU